AUGGCGCCACUUAUCGUCAACAACAUUGAAGUCAUCCAGACCCCCACUAUCCCUCCAGCAUGGCCAACUCCCAAAGAGCCUUCCCGCGUGGAGCUCUCAAGCGGAAGUCAAAAGACCCCAGAGCAUCGUCCGCUCCCGUGCGACAUCAUCCUUGAGCGGGACCAGCCGUUGACGCUGCGCGACGGGACCCGCAUCCGGGUUGACAUCUUUCGGCCGAAGACGGACGAGAAGGUCCCCGCCAUUCUGAUGUGGUCGCCCUACGGGAAGACUGACACGGGCACCCUGAAUCUCCACGCAGUUCCUUUACGAUGUGGCGUUCCCCUGAGCAAACUAUCGGGUUACGAGUCACUAGACCCCGCUGAAUGGGUGCCGCAAGGCUAUGCCAUCAUCAACGCAGACGCCAGAGGAUGCGGUGACUCUGAAGGCGACAUGAGAUCGUGGGGUACCCCAGAGGGCCAAGACGGCUACGACGCCAUUGAGGGUAUCGCGAAGCUGCCCUGGUGCACAGGCAAGGUCGCCAUGGCUGGAAACUCAUGGCUUGCGCUGUGUCAGUGGUACAUAGCCGCCGAGAGGCCGCCUCACUUGGCGUGCAUUGCCCCUCUGGAGGGUGCGAGCGAUCAUAUGCGCGAGAGUCUGUGCCGUGGCGGGAUUCCUUCGAUUGGGUUCGGGUCGAUGAUUAACAAUGUGGUUCGUGGUCGUGGUCAGCAAGAAAACAGCGUCGAGAUGCUGCUUAAGCACGGGCAGGGUCUCAGAGCGUACUGGGAUGACAAGAGGGCCCGCAUGGACAGGAUUGAGGUCCCGGCCUACAUCUUGGGCAGCUAUUCGACGAUGCUUCACACCAUUGGGAGCUUCAGAGGUUUUGAAGAGAUCCCUCACCAAAACAAAUGCCAAGAACGUACCGAUGACUUGCAAAAGUUCUUCGACCGCUACGUGAAAGGCAUCGACAACGGGUGGGAGAAGACUUCGCCGGUAAGGCUGGCCGUGCUCGGCUACAACAAGCCACCCGUGAUCGAUCUCCCUUUUGACUCUCUUCCUUGGCUAUCACCGAGUGCCACGAACACGGAACUCCAGCGUCUUUACUUGGGAGCCGACAAGACGCUGCAGCAUUCCAACAACACCGAUACCGCAACCCUUGGCUAUGAGGGCACGGAAACCAUGGUCUUCACGCACACCUUUUCCAAGUCUACGCAGCUGCUGGGCCCCACCAAGCUCGUGGUCCAUGUAUCCUGCCCCUCGGCUACAGACUUUGACGUCUACGCUCAGAUUCGCAAACGUGAUGCAAGCGGCAAAGACCUCGAGCAUAUUAACAUUCCCCUCGAGGCACUCCCCGUGUCUGAUCUCAAGGAAAUCCCCAGCGUCAACCCGCUCAAGUACCUAGGACCCAACGGCAAGCUCCGCGCCUCCAAGCGCAAGGUCGCGCCGGAGCUGUCGCCCAACUACUGGCAGACGCUAGCCCACGACGAAGACAUUGAGGUCAAGGCGGGCGAGACCGUCAAGAUGGAGGUCUGGAUAUGGCCCACUGCCAUACAGUUUGAUGCCGGGGAGCAGUUGGCGCUCAAGAUCACCGGCUCUGAUAGUCUGGUGUUGCCAGAGUUUGAGUUUCUGGCCGAGAAGCCGAAGAAUGCUGCUGGUCAGGUUGUCCACUUCGGCGGAGAGUACGAGAAUUACUUGGAGGGGCAUUGGCAUGAUUGA